AUGCACUGUCGAAGGAUAAUUAUGAAUAUUUACUAUCGUGUACUUGCAAAAGAUAUUACGAAUAUUUAUCAAUUCAAUUCAAGGAAAAGUACAUUUAUAAUGUGUUUACCAAAAAUGCAUGAAAUAAGAAGAAAUUAUAGUCGACAGUUUCAUAAACAAGAAAAAUCAACACAAACAAAGCUUAUCAUUAUUUCGAGUAGCUUUUUGUUUAAUCUAUUUGGUUCUGAAGAGGAGAAAGAUGAUGUAUCGGAGUUAGAAAUGACGAUUAAACGAUCAAUUUUACUAAUUCAGAAGGGAGAGUUUAAAAAAGCAGAGCAAAUGUUGCAUAUUGCUUUGAGACAAGCACAGACUUUGCAACAUUAUGAUGGUAUAACAUAUAUUUAUGAUGUAAUGGCUAAUCUUGCAUAUAAUUUAAAUGACUUUAAGAAAGCAGAAAAACUGUUCGUAUCGGUUAUGCAGAGAUUGAUAUCUAAAGGAAUGGCCCAAGAUGAUUUAGCAAUCAUUCAUAUGAGUCUUAAAAUUGCCAACAUGUAUAGCAAAAUGGGAGAAACAGAAAAAGCUGAAAAUGGUUAUCAGUUCUGCUUAGAAAGUUUAAAAAAACAUAUGGCUAAAGACAGCGAGAAUCCAGAUGUUCUACAGUUAAUGGGUUUAGCUUUAGAAUGGUAUGGUGGUAUGCUGUUUUCAGAAUCACGAUAUGUUGAUGCUCUUAGGUAUUUAACUGAAGCAUAUGACAUAUCUGUAAAAAUGAAUGGUAUAGAAGAUGAGCAGACUGUUGUGCUGCUGAGUGAUUUAGGAACUGUAAAUUGUGCAAUGAAAGAAUAUGAUGAAGCUAUUAAAUAUUUAACUAAAGCUACAGAAAUAGGAAAAAAAUUGCCAGACAUGUUUGACAUAGGGUCCAUUUAUGUUAAUUUGGGGAAUGCAUAUAUUAUAAAAGGAUUAUAUGAGGAAGCAAAAAAAAAUUGUAAACAAGGAAAACAGUUAGCAAAAGCACAAAAUCACGAUGAAUCACUGAAAGAAGCUGAAAAAUGUCUUGAAAGGAUAAAAGAGCUGAUGUCGUAA